AUGAUGACCGUCUCCAAUGGAGAAAAGCAAGCGCCUGUGGCGAUUGUUGGAAUGGCUUGCCGACUGCCGGGGCAAGUGAGCAGCUUGGAGUCAUUCUGGGAGCUAUGCUCUCGAGGCCGUAGUGGGUGGUCGGAGAUGCCUCAGAGCAGAUUCAAUGCAGCGGCGUUCUAUCAUCCAAAUCCCGAUCGAACUGGUUGUUUCAAUCCCAGAGGAGCUCAUUUCUUGGACGAAGAUAUUGAAUUCUUUGAUGCGCCCUUUUUCAACAUCACGGUUCAAGAAGCGCGCGCCAUGGAUCCCCAACAGCGGUUACUUCUCGAAUGCGCAUACGAAGCCUUGGAGAAUGGCGGAGUGACAAAGCAAGAGCUCCAAGGUCGCAACGUUGGAGUGUUUGUGGGCGGAUCAACUGCGGAGUAUGAAAUUCGAAACUUACGCGAUAUCGCGACAUGCCCUAUGUAUGCGGCCACCGGGUCCGCGACGUCUCUGCAGUCGAAUCGCAUCUCAUACUAUUUUGACCUCAAAGGCCCCAGUAUGACCGUCGACACUGCCUGCUCUUCAAGUCUGACAGCGUUACACCUGGCUUGCCAAAGUUUGAGAUCGAAAGAGUGUUCGGCGGCGUUGGUGGGCGGUUGUCAUCUCCAUGUUGUCCCCGACACGUUUGUGUCCAUGUCAUUAUCAAGGUUGUUUUCCGAGUCUGGAAAGAGUUUCCCCUUCGAUCAACAAGCGAAAUCGCAGACAGUAAAUGGAUACGGUCGUGGAGAAGGUGCAGGGUGCAUUAUCCUCAAGCCUUUGCAAGAUGCGAUCGAUGCAGGUGAUGCCAUUCGAGCCGUGAUCUGGAACACCGGGGUGAACCAGGAUGGACGUACACGUGGUAUCACAAUGCCGAAUAGCUUGGCUCAAGAAGAGUUGAUUCGCAGAGUGUAUGAAGAGGCCCAGAUUGAUCCUGCAGAGACUGGCUAUGUCGAAGCGCACGGGACAGGAACUACUGUAGGUGAUCCUGCUGAAGCUCGUGCUCUCUCAGCAGCUCUGUGCAAUGGCAAGAACCGCCAGAGUCCCCUCCUAAUAGGCUCUGUCAAGUCCAACGUUGGCCACGCAGAGGGCGCCAGUGGAAUAAUCGCCGUCAUCAAGACUGCGCUGAUUUUGGAACGGGGAUUCGUGCUACCGAAUUGCGGUGUCACUCGGCCAAAUGAUGAGAUUCCUAUGGGAGAGUGGCAGUUGAAGGUUCCUAAGAAAGUAGCUCCCUGGCCAAGGGGCAAGAAGUAUGCUAGUGUGAACAACUUUGGCUUUGGAGGAACGAAUGCGCACGUCAUCAUGGGAAGGCCGCCCUCAAGUCAAUCGCCCAACGACACACCCAUGCAACACACAUCGACCCAGGAUCCCGGCAAAAAGAGACAUUCCGCGCGAUACGUUUACACAAUCUCAGCGCCCACCAAGAGGGCUCUCGGGGCGGUGACGAGCAACAUCAGAAAGUAUCUCGAAAAGCACCCCGACGCUUUCGAUGCGUUUGUCUUAGGAAAUCUGGCAUAUACUUUGGGUCAGAGGAGGAGCUUGUUCCCUUGGAGGUCUGCUGUGUCUGCCACCAACGGCAAGGAUUUGAUUGCUUUGCUCUGUGCCAACCCGGAGUCCUUCGAAGUCGCCAAUGAACCUUCCAUCUCGCUUGUUCUCACAGGCCAGGGUGCUCAGUGGUAUGGCAUGGGACGAGAGCUUCUUGUAACCUCGCCUGUCUUUCUAGCGUCAAUGCAACGAAUUGACCACGCUCUCGCUGCCUUGCACAGCGAAAUUUCAAUAAUUGACGAGUUGGAGAAGGAUCCCUCAUGUAGCUCACUUUAUGAGCCUUUCAUCAGCCAGCCGGCAUGUACAGCAUUGCAAAUUGCCCUCAUCGAUCUGUUGAAGAACUGGGGGGUUGCUGUGACAUCUGUCAUUGGCCAUUCUAGUGGGGAGAUCGCCGCUGCUUAUGCCGCUGGGAUCUUGAACGUCGACCAAUGCAUGGGAAUUGCUUUCGCGCGAGGUGCGGCAGCGCAGCUGCUCAAGGACGAUCCGAAUCAACAAGAAGGCAUGAUGAUGGUCGCCGGCGCCAGCCCUUCAGUUCUUCAACCCUACAUUGAUGAGAUAUCCACUGGGCAUACCGUCAUAGCCUGUGUCAACAGUGAAAAAAGCGUCACAAUAUCUGGUGAUGCCGGAUCAAUCACGAAGCUUGAUUCUGCGCUGGCGCAGGACAAGAUUUUCACUCGGAAGCUUCGAACUGGCGUCGCAUAUCACUCGCCACAAAUGAAGCAAAUUGCUGAGAAGUAUCGAGAGCUCAUGGGCAAGAUCACCCCCCAGAAUUCCUCCACUCCCUUCUAUUCCACAGUUCGUGGGGAGAUGGUGGAUGCUUCAGUAUUGACUGAAGAGUACUGGAUCGAAAACCUCAUCUCUCCUGUCCUCUUCUACAAGGGCUUACGAAGUCUGAUUCAAGGCGCAAACGAAAGCAACACGGGCAAACAUGAUCACCUGCUUGUUGAAGUUGGCCCGCACCCUGCCUUGCAGUCGCCAUGUCUCAGUGCCAUUCAGGAGCGAUCAGGACACGUCAAAUUCCACUAUAUUCCAAGUCUUCGAAGAAAUGAUGAAUCUUUCACGUGCAUCCAGAACCUUGCCGCUGUGCUAUUUACCAAGGGUGUUCCCGUCAACAUGGGAGCUGUCAACGACUUUGCAUCCUUCGGUGAAAAGCCACAGCUGCUCACCAACAUGAUCAAUUAUCCUUGGGAUCAUUCUACCCGCCUCUGGCAUGACUCUCGUGUAACUCGGAAUGCAUCUCAUCCCCAAUUCCCCCGUCACGACAUUCUUGGAAGUUUCUGUAUGGAGAACGUUGACCUCGAGCCUAGAUGGAGAAAUAUUAUCAGGCCUGAUGACUUACCGUGGGUCAGGCAGCACAAGGUACAUGGAAACUCCGUCUAUCCUAUGACGGGCUUCUUAUCCAUGGCGGUCGAGGGUGUUGCUCAGUUAGCGCAGCUGCAAAAUAUUCAACUUGAGUGCGUCGAAAUGCGCAACGUCAAAAUGCAGCGCAUGCUUGUAUUGUCUGACACGUCACCUGUCGAAAUCAUGCUUUCAAUGAAACUUCAAAACGGAACUUCCAUGAGCCAUGGAGCUUGGUACGAGUUCUGGACAUACUCCUGGGCUAAUGGCCGAGGAUGGGAUGAGCACUGUCACGGAUUUGUCAUUGCCAGAGGUCCCGAGAAAUCGAAUUCUGUUGUUCGACCCAAGCUUGCGCUUGAUGAACAUCUCUCGCUGUUCGCAAAAGACUGCACGCAGGAUGUGGACUUGACUGCGACUUACGCUAAUAUUGCCUCCACGGUCCUCGAAUACGGUCCUCUUUUCCGGGAUUUCUCCCGCGUUGCGCUGAGCGGCAAUGGAAGAUCCAUCGCACAUGCCAAGAUUCCAAACACCAGCAGCGUUAUGCCGUUCAACUACGAGACGAAAUGCAUAGUUCACCCUGUCACGCUUGACAUGUUCAUUCAACAAUUCUGGUUCUUCUGUGGAUUUGAUAAAGCUGGGCCCAACUCUCAAUACCUGGCAGACGCUGUUCAACACAUGGUUAUUCCUGUGAACGAUAAUGUGAAGGCCGGUACACCCUUCAAGCUCUUUACUACCCGGACUGAAGUACCCGAAAACAGGGGAAAUUCCUGCUACAGCAUCUUGGGCGUCGUCGAGGAGACUGGCGAGCCUUGGAUCACAGUGACGGGUUUUACUACAGUAUCAAUCAAGGAUGCUCCCGAUGGCUCUGACAUCGCUGCGGAUAGAUCCAUGUGCUUCAAAGAGCACUUUGAGCCAUGCCUAGAUUUUUUGCAGUCCAACGGAGCCUCAUUGAUGCCGAGGCAAAGCAUUACUUCCAAAUGCCUCGUGGAACCGACGCGUCUUUUGAAGCAGGUUUCACAGUACUACAUUAGCAAAGCGCUACUGCAGACGCCCACGCAGCUCUCCUCUUUCGAACCACAUCAGCAGCUCCUUUACCAGUGGAUGCAACGUGUCUGUCCAUGUCCGAUGGAGGCAAUCAAGAAAAUCAGCGCCGAGACACUGGAUUUCGUGUGCUCGAUGAAUGUUGCGGGAAAGUUAUCUUGCAAAGUAGGCGAAAAGCUACCAGCCAUUUUGAAGGGUCAAGAAGACGCACUAUCAAUCAUGGUUGAGGAUGAUCUCCUUAACCAGUACCGUCAAAGCUUGGACGGCUAUCGUCGAAGCUAUGACAACGCUGUUCUGUGCAUCGAAAAGAUGGUCCAUCAAAAUCCAAACAUGAAUAUUCUCGAGAUCGGUGCAGGUACAGGAUCAGCAACUCUUCCGAUCUUGGAACGCCUUCGGGGCAAAGAUGGAGCAAGUGUGCCUAGGUUUAACCAGUACACAUACAGUGAUAUUUCAACUGAUUUGUUCGAAAAGGCUCGCGAGAAAUUCCAUGACUGGGACUCGCUGAUGACCUAUCAAUUACUCGAUAUCACUUCGGAUCCGGUUGAUCAAGGGUACGCUGCAGGGUCGUUAGACCUGAUCAUCGCGUGCAAUGUGCUGCAUGCAACACCACAGAUCAACAAGACCAUUGCAAAUGUGCGCAAACUGUUGAAACCAGGAGGCAAGCUUCUUCUCAUUGAGGAGACCGUCAUGCACGAAAGCCUCUUCACUUUCGCUUGUCUACCAGGGUGGUGGGCGAGUCAGGAUGGCAGAGAGAACAAUGGCCCUUUGCUAUCCCACGAGGAAUGGAAGAGUGUUCUGAAGAGAAAUAAUUUCUCUGGACUUGAUAUUUGCCUCCCUGAUUUUCCUGGCGCAUCUGAGGCAUCUAAUCACAUGAUGGUUGCAACGGCAACUGUUGACCACCAAGCCAAUCAGCAAGAAAUUGCACUCUUCGAUAUCGAGAAGCAGCAUGUCAUUCCGCAGAAGGCUUUACUCGAAGCUCUCGCCGUACUCUCCGAUUUGGGUAAAGACUACUUUGAAGCCCUGCAGUCAUUGAUCACUACAGCAAAGGGAGUGCUAUGGGUUACGGGUCAUAGCCGAUCGCCAGUUCAGUGUGCUAGGCAACAAAUGGUGCUCGGUCUGGCACGAACUGUCCGCAACGAAACUGGUCUUCAGUUUGCCACCUUAGAUCUCGGUUGUGUCGAUGAAAUGACCAGCACUGAGGCUGUUCGUCACAUUCAAAGCGUUUUCAAGGUCGUUUUUGACAAAUCACAUCAAUCUGUGCUCACGUGUGGAGACCUGGAGUUUAGCGUUCGAGCGGGUGAACUUGGUGUCACGCGCAUAAUGGACGAUUCUGAUAUGAAUAUGAGUAUGCUUCAAGAAGCAGGCCAGGCGCCUCCGCAACUCCAGCCUUUUGAACAAGUCGGACGGCCCUUCGCUCUCAAACUCACGGACGCAGGAGGUCUGGAUGGGUUCUAUUUCACAGAUGAUGACGUUAGGGAGAGACCAGUUCGAGAGGGAUUCAUCGAAAUUCAGGUCUGCUAUUCUGGCUUGAAUUUCAAGGACAUCAUGAUGGUCAUGGGAGAGGUUCCUGGCAAUGACAUUGGAAUUGAGUGCAGUGGGAUUAUCACAGCCAUUGGUCCGGGUGUUGCGGACCUUGCAGUUGGUGACCGAGUUUGUGCCAUGUUCAAAGGGUGUUACUCCAAUUACAUUCACUGCCCGGCAAGUAAUGCUUGGAAAAUCCCCGACGGCAUAGCUCUCGAUGUGGCUGCCACUAUUCCGGUGACAUUUUGCACGGCCUAUUACUCGAUGGUUGACGUGGCUCGGGUCGAACCUGGAGAAAAUGUCCUGAUCCAUUCCGCCGCCGGUGGAGUGGGACAGGCUGCGAUUCUCCUUGCGCAAUCAAUUGGCGCAAAUGUGUUCGCCACGGUUAGCACACAAGAGAAGAAGGAAUUUUUGAUCAAGACCUAUGGUUUGCAAGAAGAUCAAAUUUUCUACAGCAGGAGUACCGGGUUCGGCGAGGCUAUUCGCAAUGUCACUCAAGGACGCGGUGUUGAUGUCGUAUUGAACUCCCUCAGUGGUGAUUUCCUCCGAGUCUCGUUCGAGACUCUGGCUCCAUUUGGGCGCUUUGUGGAACUUGGAAAGCGAGACUUCCUGCAGAACUCCCGACUCGAGAUGGCUCACUUCUUGAACAACGUGUCUGUGUGCUCUGUGGACCUAGUCCUAGUCAUGGAACGCCGGCCGAAGCUUCUGAGACGACUUCUGGGGGAUGUUUUCAGAGAAUUCGGUCAGGACGUGUUUUGCCAACCACCUUGGCCGAUCACGUCGUAUUCAAUUUCUGACGCUGAGCACGCUUUCCGCGAGCUGCGUAAUGGCCGGCAAAUCGGGAAGAUUGUCGUUCAGAUGGAGCCAGACGCGCUGGUUCAUCCGCCAACAAAGUCUGGCAACUUGGUCCGACAGGACGCGACGUAUGUUGUUGUUGGCGGCAACAGGGGAAUUGGUCUGGACAUUGUCUCCUGGCUGGCUGAGAAAGGUGCCAAGCAUCUACUUAUUGUGUCUCGUUCUGGUCUUGCAGGCGAUGAAGUGCACGAUGCGAUCGUCCAGCUCAUCAACAAAGGUGUCACAGUCAAAGUUUGCAAAUGCAGUGUCGACAAUAAGCAUGAACUUGCCAACCAAUUGAAAGCAGCACUAUCUGGUAUACCACCGGUGCGCGGUGUGAUAUAUGGUGCCAUGAUUCUGAGGGAUGUCGCUUUCGAGAAGAUGAAGUAUGCAGACUACGACGCGGUAGUCAAGACGCGAGUGCAAGGGUUGUGCAACGUGCAUGAAAUCAUCUCCGCUAUGAAAUACGACUUGGACUUCCUAAUCAGCUUGUCCUCGGUGGCAGGUGUUGUUGGAAAUCUUACACAGUCUGCAUACGCAGCUAGUGGCACCUUCAUGGAUGGCUUUGCCAAAGCUAUGAGUGAUCUGGGCGUCAAUUACACGGCCAUUGACCUUGCUCCUGUACGCGAUAUCGGCUAUCUGGUCGGUAAUGAGAAGACCCAGGAUGUUGUUCAGGGUGCGUUUGGAGAUGUUUGGUUGAAUGCGGAUGACAUUCACUGCCUGCUGGCCAGUGCGAUCAAGGGAGUCAUGAAAAAUUCCUGCAAUAACCACUGUAUUACAGGAUUGAGCUCGCUCAAGGAUGAGAAAUUCACUGCGGGCCAGAUAUGGACGAAAGACCCUCGUUUCUCACAGUUGAUCCGAGCCGUCACAUUCGGCGCUCCCUCGAGAGCUGGUGACUUACCCAAUGCUUUGGCAACGGAGAGUCCAGCAAAGGCGCUCCAAAAGGCGCAGACCCUUGAUCAAGCUCAAGAUAUUAUUGCGCAGGCUCUGCUGAACAAAUUGUGCAGCCUGCUCAUGUUGUCGGUCGAGGACGUUGACGUUUCCAAAUCCAUCUCUGCCUUCGGACUGGACUCCCUCGUUGCUAUCGAGGUACGCCAUUGGAUCACUCGGGAGUUUGAUGCAACGCUUCAGCUGUUGGAAAUCCUCGCCAGUGAAUCUGUUAACAGUCUAGCCGGUGUGAUCACAGGCAGAUCUGGUGCUGUUCCGGAAAAUUUGAAGAUGUCAAAUGUGACCGCGAGCUCCUGA